AAUAUUUACGCAUGCUCACUACGAUCUCAGCGGAGCUGCCUGUGAAGGCUGCUCGCGCGGUCAGAGCAGAUAGGAACGCGACUUUUACAGAGACGAUUUAAAGCCUAAAGCUACUGUAAAUGGGUUUAUCACUAAAUCAGUCGUUAGUUUCGCCGAUCACGUCGACUUCGACGGCUUGUUUUGGAUGGAUUAUCUUGUUCACGUCUCAACAAAAAGCCUCCCAGCGCCCUGCCAGCUCGGUCACUGACGUUGGAGAACACCGUGACCCGACUCUGCGAUGGCGGUCUUCAGUCACCAGGUGCUCUUUGCAGUCACAAGAUCAAGGGGCUCAUAUUUGUUGUCUAAGAAGCACAGCUCUCUAUCCUCUAAAGCUUACCUCCACGUAGACCCUCCCCGUCACCUCUCGUCUCCGAUCCCUCCUAGGCUGUCCCGCUACAGCCACGGUCUCCAAGCCCACGUCUUCAGUGUUGACCAUAGCUCCGCUCUGCUCGCCCGCUCUCUGCACGGCUCAGGUGUUUGGCUUCAGGAUAUAAAGCAGGAGGACAACAAGACCUCUCCACCUGCGGCUGAGGAUGCUUCUACCGGGACUAAAAAGGACUCUGUGGCGUCAGGAUCUCAGCCUCCACUUCAAUCAGCUCCCACUCCGGCGUCGGCUGCUGUCGUCCCUCCAGUUCAGGAGAAGGCCAUUGUGAAAAUAUCUCUGUAUCAGAGAAUUGUGGAUGAGUUGAAACAUUACUAUAAUGGCUUCAGGUUACUUGGGAUCGACACCAAGAUUGCUGGCAGGAUGGUGUGGAGACUGCUGCACGGACAAUUGCUCACACGCAGGGAGAGGAGAAGGCUAAUGAGGACCUGCGCUGACCUCUUCCGCCUGGUGCCCUUCAUGGUGUUUGUCAUCGUUCCCUUCAUGGAGUUCCUUCUUCCUGUCUUUCUCAAACUUUUUCCAGAAAUGCUGCCUUCUACCUUUGAGACGGAGACUAAGAAGGAGGAGAAGCAGAGGAAAGGUCUGGCUGCUAAGCUGGAACUGGCCAAGUUUCUCCAGGAAACCAUCGCUGAGAUGGCUCGAAGGAAUAAAGCAAAGGCUCAGACCGAGGAUGAGACCCAGCGCUUCUCUACAUACGUUCAACAGGUCCGGGGCACCGGAGAGCAGCCCACCACCAAGGACAUUGUUCGGUUUUCCAAGCUGUUUGAAGAUGAGCUGACGCUAGAGCACCUGGAGCGCCCCCAGCUGGUGGCUCUGUGCAAACUGUUGGAGCUUCAGGCCAUUGGCACCAACAACCUGCUGCGUUUUCAGCUCAGGAUGAAACUCAGAACCAUCAGAUCGGACGAUGAGAUGAUUGCAGCAGAAGGCGUGGCAGCCAUGAGUGUGUCUGAGUUACAGGCAGCGUCUCGCAGUCGUGGGAUGAGGUCUCUGGGUCUCACCACAGAGCAGCUACGUCAGCAGCUGCAGCAGUGGCUGGAUCUGCACCUGAAAGAGAACGUUCCUCCAUCUCUGCUGCUGCUCUCCAGAGCCAUGUACCUGACGGACCUCAAACCCAAAACUCCCGUCAUCCCUCCUGUUCCUAAACUAGAGAAGACUGCUCCUCCUCCAGUGGAGAGCUCAGGAGCGACCACUGCCUCUGUCAGCUCCGAGAGGUUGUCGGACCCUGCUGUCAUCGUCAAAGACAGGCCUGUGGAGGAGAUGAGGGAUGAAGCUCCUGUAGUGGCGGACAAACCUCUGACUCCUGCUGAGGUUCUUCAGGCUAAAGCAGCAACAGAGGUGAGCCAGAAGAGCAAGAUGAGCGCCAACGGCGUUUAGGAGGAAGUCACACAAAGAAGGGGGGGGGGGGGGGUCCCACAUGGCUGUGUUUCUCCCCAAAAGCUUCGUAGACCCUUUUACCUGUUCAUACCAGCAUCAUAGAUCUGUUUCUCCUUGUUAACGCUUGUUUCUAUGUUCUCCAACCUUCAUCCGCUCCGUUCUCAUCAUCAUCUUCCCCAGAAUUUCCCCGGACUGUUUACACACGGUGGGAAUUAUUAUUAUUGACUCGACUCGAGGAGCUGUCUGCAGGUCCGGGUCCUGAUAUCUGCUCCCUUACAGCCCACAUCUCCUAUUCCUCCAUCUCCAGCUGUAAAUUUGUAAAUAUUAUGUAUAUGUUGUCUCCUGCACCACAGAAGCAGCAGCCUUGUACAGUUUGCUACGCAGAAACCACAAAUUUCCUCUUACUGGUUUCAUUUAAUUUGCAGAUUUUUUUUUUCUCUAAAAGAUUUUCAGAAUAAUUUAGCUGAACGUUGCGUUUCAGCUGCCGCUGCCCCACCUUCAGUGUAUUUAAAACGCUUGACACCCAAGAAGAUGUUACACAAUCUGUUAUUAAAGCAAAGACUGGUACAUAAUAAAGAGGUUUGCUCUUUAAAGAUGGAGGUGACGUGUUUAAAUGUGGUUUGCCUUGUUUGAGGAGCCGCUGAAAGGGCAAUCUGUACAGAAAUGCAGACUUUAUAUGCAUAUACCGUGUAUGUGUUGUGUUGGGACGAUGGGAUGUAAAAUAUCCAAGAUGUCAAACAUAAAGUUACAAAUUAUUAUAUAGGGGGGAGGGAAAGUCCUGAAUCCACAGAUGAAUUAUAAACUUUUAUUUUUUACAUUUGCCCACAUGUGUGUCGGAAAGCUCCAGAUAUAUAAACCCAUCAGUUAUUAAUGUAACACUUGCAUGUGUUUGAAAGUGCUUUAAACAUUUGUGGCCCUCAAAUGAUCCUGCAGACUGAUAUUUAUGAAGUUUCCCCCCUUAAUGCUGUUUGUUCAUAGAAAACUACAAGACAUUUUCAAACCUGCUAGUAAAGAUUCCUAUUUUUGGUUUUCCACAUGUGCCUAAAAGGAUGAUUAUUGGCCCAGUUGCAUCUUUUCCCCCAUUUGAAUAAAAUUAAUCCUUAACGGGCUUUGUGAUCAUCACAAUUCCCAACUUCCAGAAAAACUUUAAAGAGCAAGUCACCCCCAAAUCAGCUUUUUUCCGUGACAAACUAUAAAUGAGUGUCCAAUCAUGCUGCAGACAGGUGUGGUCAAUAGUUUUGCACUUUGGUGCAUUUUUGUUAAAUUUAAAAUUUUCUGCCUAAAACUGUCAGUGUUGUGCCGUCUUCAGGUAAAAACUCUGCACUGCAGUUGAAUUUAAAUCUGCCAUCGCUAUUGGCUAAGAGGUACCCUAGAAUGUUAGCUGGUACCAUAUGAUGUCACAAUGUCGUUGCGAGCUUGUGUGUGUGUGUAUUUGUUAGCGGCUCCGCCCUCUCGGUCUGCUAGGCAACAGCAUUUGUUGCAUUUUUCAAGCAGGAAGUGGGAGAGAAGUAAUACUCUGGUAGGGGGUGACUUCCUCUUUAAGCUAAACGCUGAGCAGCUUUUUGUUUUCUGUUACCAUAUUUAAACAAUAAUCUAGUAUUUCUCAUAUUUUUAGAUGAGUGGGUGGUUUUUAAGUUGCCCUUUAAAUCAAAGUUAAGAAAUAGUUUAUAUUUUCAAUCUUUAUAAAUGAAAGAUUAUUUCAAUAUUACAGGAAAACGUAACCAGGAUGCAACAAGCUCACAGAGUACAGCUAAGAGCCACCAAAGAUUUGCAAACAUAGGGUCAGCAGGUGAGGCUUUGAAAGGUGUCAUGUGACAUACGUCCUCAACUUAAUUUUCAUAAAAGUCGUUGUUUUGUCAUCUCAUGGAACCGUAUCAACGACACUUUACUGUCUGAAAACUGCUGAUUUAUUGUCUAUGGCUCAGAAAUUGGCUACUAGCUAUGUUUUAUCCUGCAUUUAAUUCAUGCGUCAUCAGGAUAAAUAAACAAGGGAUUGAUAAGAAACAAAUUCACACAAUUAAAGUCUUCAAAACCCUUUA